AUGCCUCCACGACGAGUUGUGGCGCAGCGAGAUCAGAAUCGCGAACGAGACAAUGCCUCCAACCAGCCUCCAGACCAGGAUUCUACUCAGACAUCCUCAGAAAACAUAUUUUUAUUCUGGCCCAACAUCAUUGGAUAUUUCCGAGUGAUCUUGGCCAUAGCCUCCCUUUACUAUAUGCCACUUCAUCCACGCACCUGCUCUCUUCUCUACACUAUAUCAUGUCUCCUCGACGCUCUUGAUGGAUAUGCUGCGCGUAUGCUGGAUCAGGGCACGCAGUUUGGCGCAGUUCUCGACAUGGUCACGGACCGUUGCACCACGACAUGCCUGCUGGUUUUCUUGGCGGCGGCAAUGCCUCGCUGGGCUAUUGUUUUCCAGGGUCUAAUUGUGUUGGAUCUUGCAAGUCAUUAUAUGCACAUGUAUGCAUCUCUUGUUGUCGGUGGUGCUGGAACGAGCCACAAAGACGUCGCCAACAGCCAACACUGGUUGAUGAGGGUGUAUUACACGAACAAGAUUGUCUUGUUUUCUCUCUGUGCUCUCAACGAGCUCUUCUUCAUCGCCUGUUACCUUGUCUCCUUCUCUUCACCAACAGGGACAGAGAUUGACACCUCGCUAUUAACUCAAAUCUUCCCAAACCCUUAUAGCUCUGCAGCGCUUGAGAUGGCGCGGGCGAACAAAAUGGACGGAUACCUGCCGAAUAUUAUUGCCAAGAUCUGCUUUUCGUUCAUGGCGCUGAAGCAAAUAAUUAAUGUCAUCCAGUUGAUUCAAGCCAGCAAACGAUUGGCAAGGGUAGAUGUAGAGCGAAGGCGGAGAAGCAAACAAACGUAG